CACCAUCGGAAUUUGUUUAACUGCAAUCACGUCUAUAUUAAUAUUUAGUAAAGAAAACUAUUUAAAAAUUCUAAAUUUCUGAUAAACAAUUAAAAACGGCAGGUGUCGCAUUGUGUGAAAUUGGAAUAUGAGCAGAAGUGUAUCUGACGCACUUUAAAGAAGUGGUAUUAAACGUGCUUCCUUAUAAAUUUCAUAAAUUUUUCAUGAUUAAAAUUUAAAUUCUUCAAUGCCAUUAUGUCUUUGAGGCCUAAGAGAGUUAAUUUUGAUACUACGUGGGCUCAGUUGAAGGAGACGGUUGAAGGUGUUGUGACGCUCGGUAAAGUGAAAAGACAAGUGUGGAAUGACCGUUUUAGCGAUGUUUACGAUUUGUGUGUUGCUGUUCCCGAGCCUUUAGGAGAUCAGUUGUAUUACGAGACAAAGUAUUUUCUCGAUCAGCACGUGAAGUCUUUACACAAUUCUGUGCUCAGUAGUGAAGAGAAGUUACUGAGUGCCUACCAUGAACAUUGGCUCCAGUACAGCCAAGGAAUAAACUACCUCAAUCAACUUUAUUUAUAUUUAAAUACUCAACACAUAAAGAAGCAUAAAUAUAGCGAAGCGGAUAUUCAGUUUGGGUGUGUCGAAGCGGGUCAUCAGAUGCUAGAGAUAGGCGAAUUAGGACUGAACAUUUGGAAGACGAAUAUGAUUGAACCACUUAGAGAAAAUUUAGUUCAUUUACUACUUGAAGCGAUAAAAAGUGAUCGACUUGGAGAUAGUCCUACCCAGAGUGUGAUCCAUGGUGUCAUUCAUUCUUUUGUGAAUGUCGAAGAGUUUAAGAAAAAAGAUCCACUUCAGUUAUAUCAAGACAUAUUCGAAACUCCAUUUUUAAAAGCGACGGGCGAUUAUUAUCGUCAGGAGGCCAGUAGAUUAUUACAAGAAUCCGACUGUUCCCAAUACAUGGAGAAGGUUCUUCAAAGAUUAGAUGCCGAAAAUUUAAGAAGUAGAAAAUAUCUUCAUCCUAGUUCGUAUCCUAGAGUCACAAAAGAGUGUGAGCAGUGCAUGGUGGCUGAUCAUUUGCAGUUUUUACAUAGUGAAUGUAGAGCUAUGGUAGAAAAAGAAUUAAAGAAAGAUCUGCAAAAUAUGUACAUGCUACUAAAACCAAUUCCUAAUGGUCUCGGCGCUCUAAUACAAGAAGUACAACAACACAUUACAAAAAUUGGUGUUGAUGCGGUCAGCAACUUACGGGGCGAUAAUAUUCCGCAGCUGUUUGUAGAGUCAAUGUUAGAGGUACAUAAAAAGUAUCAUAAUAUUAUUAGAGAAGUAUUUCAUAGUGAUCAACAGUUUGUUGGUGCUUUAGAUAAGGCUUGUGCAGCUGUUAUUAAUAAUAGAGGUAACACCAGACAGCCUUGCAGGUCUCCUGAACUGUUAGCGAAAUAUUGCGAUUCAUUGCUAAAAAAGAGUUCGAAAGGAAUAUCUGAAUCGGAAUUAGAAGAUAAAUUAUCCAAUUCGAUCACAAUUUUCAAGUAUAUAGACGACAAAGAUAUUUUUCAAAAGUUUUACGCCAAAAUGUUAGCCAAGCGGUUGAUCCACGGUCAGUCCACAUCUAUGGAUUCUGAAGAAGCCAUGAUCAAUCGGCUGAAGCAAGCUUGUGGUUACGAAUUCACCAGCAAACUCCAUCGCAUGUUUACGGAUAUGAGCGUCAGUUCAGAUCUGAAUAACAAGUUUAAUGUUUACUUAAAAUCAGAAAAAAUAGAUCUAGGCAUUAGUUUCUCAAUAUAUAUUCUGCAGGCUGGAGCUUGGCCGCUGGGUCAGAGUGCAGUGUCGCCUUUUGCCAUACCCCAGGAACUAGAAAGGAGUGUACAAAAUUUUGAAGAAUUUUACAAUAAAAAAUUUAAUGGAAGGAAGUUAACUUGGCUUCAUCAUCUAUGCAACGCCGAAUUAAAACUAUGUUAUUUAAAAAAGCCUUAUAUCGUAACAAUGGGUACUUAUCAGAUGGCAUUAAUGCUACUGUACGAGACCGCGGACAGCCUUUCUUUUCAUGACUUGCAAGAAAGUACACAGUUGAGCGAUGACCAGUUAACAAAACAGCUGCAGAGUCUGGUGGAAGCCAAAUUACUACUUGAUAGUAACGACAGCCAAGUAAAUAAAAAUAGUAUUUUAACACUAAAUACCAAUUACAUUAAUAAGAGGACAAAAUUCAGAAUUACUGCUGUCAUGCAAAAGGAGACUGCGCAGCAAGAGGUAGAUCAAACCCACAGUGCCGUUGACGAAGACAGAAAACUGUAUCUUCAAGCUGCCGUAGUGAGAAUCAUGAAAGCGAGGAAGAUCCUUCGUCACAACACGCUCAUCGAAGAAGUGAUAAACCAGGCGAAGAACAGAUUUGUACCGAGCGUCCCGAUGAUCAAAAAAUGCAUCGAGGCCCUCAUCGACAAACAGUACCUAGAAAGGACACCAAAUUCCGCCGACGAGUACAGUUACGUCGCUUGAGUAUUUCGUUACAUAGUUAAAUUCCGUAGCUUUCGAAAUUGCAUUACAUCAUCAUCUGAGUUUUAAUUUGAUGCAUAAAAAAUUAAAACCGUUUUAAUCUUUUGGCUCCGUAUCUACAGUUCGAGUACACUAAUUGAGAAGGAUUAUAAAAAAACAAAAAAAAAAUGCUCAAAUUGAUUUUAAACUGUUUGAUAUUUCCAAAACUGAUGUAUAUAAAUUCUGUGCAUAUUGGUUGUGAUUAAACACGUUCUCGCUUUACAAACGA